UCGAAAGUUAAUCUUUGACAUGGAAGGUCGCAGCUGAUUGGAUGACAGGGUAGGGUUGAUGACGUAGGCGCAGGUCAGAUAAGUAUGCGCGUGUAAUAUGUGCACAGGCGAGUUGUCUCAGAGCAGCACCGAACAGCGCUCAACUGACUCAAGUACCUAGACACUGAAGCAGUGAAUUUAGAGUAGAUUUCCACGCGUUGACUUUUCUUUUGCCUUUAUAGAGGCAGCAACAAAUAACUUCGUUUUUAAAAGCCCGAAUUGAGGAGAAACCUGGUGCUGCGUGUUUCUGAACUCGUCCCUGCAGGGUAGGUGAUGUGGAAGAUAUCCUGAAGAAACUCUUCAAUCUGCACUGAGUCCCAGAUGAUUACUGCUAAUGCAGUCCUGCAAUGGUGUUCUGUUAACUCUGCAACCUGCCUCAGUAGUAUCUCUUCAGUUAAGAUUGUGUUCUAGUGAGUAUAAUAUUAUUCAAAGUCCUGAAAUUCUACAAGUGCUUAUUUUAUUUGGAUCUUCACCCCUACCGUACUGAUGCACAAUGGCUGACCCUGCACUUUGACCCUAGCUUCCUGAAGGGUUUGGCGUGAUUAGUUAAUAACAUAUAAAAACAUUUAGAAAUGUCAGAGUCUCCAGAGAGAGACGCCCCUCUGCUACAGCUCCAGGAGGUUAAUUCCAGCCGAGUAGGAGGCUGCGAUCUCUCAUCCAGAAUGAAUUCCUCCUCCCCACCCGUGACAAUGGAGAGCCACCCGAUCUGCAUUCCUUCACCCUAUGUGGACAUUGGGCACGAUUUCACCACCCUGCCUUUCUACAGCCCCACUCUGCUCGGCUACAGCGGGCCCCCACUUCCUGAUUGCCCCUCAGUCAGCCCCACACUCUUCUGGCCCUCCCAGAGCCACACGGCACCUCUGGCUCUGCAUCGCCCACAAUCCCACUGCCAGCAAAACCAAGCAAGCAAUGGCACCUGGCAGGAGCUCACGUCACGCAAUUACACAGCCAAUGACAACAGCAAACCCACGGGGAAACGGCCGGUGGAGUGUGAUGAGAACUUCAGUUCCUCAGGGAGCAAAACAGACAUGCACUUCUGCGCUGUGUGCAGUGACUAUGCCUCUGGCUAUCAUUAUGGUGUCUGGUCCUGUGAGGGAUGCAAAGCCUUCUUUAAAAGGAGUAUCCAAGGACAUAACGACUACAUCUGUCCUGCAACCAACCAGUGCACCAUUGAUAAGAACCGCCGGAAAAGCUGCCAGGCCUGUCGGCUACGCAAGUGUUAUGAAGUGGGGAUGAUGAAAUGUGGUAUGCGCCGGGACCGUGGCAGCUACAGUCGUGGAGGCUCACAGCAGAGGAGAGUGGCACGCUCUCCGGCCAGAGCAGUAGCAAGCAGUCAAAGACAGCCAGAACAGAAAGCAGCACCUACCAGGGUAAAGGAGGUUUUUACUGCCACACUGAGCCCAGAGGAGCUGAUAGCUCGCAUCAUGGAAGCAGAGCCACCAGAAAUCUAUCUUAUGAAUGACAUGAAAAAGCCCUUUACUGAGGCCAACGUGAUGAUGUCACUCACCAACUUGGCUGACAAAGAGCUUGUCCACAUGAUUAGUUGGGCCAAGAAGAUCCCAGGAUUUGUGGAGCUCAGCCUCUUUGACCAGGUGCACCUGUUGGAGUGUUGCUGGUUGGAGGUCCUGAUGUUGGGGCUGAUGUGGAGAUCUGUUAAUCAUCCUGGAAAGCUCAUCUUCUCCCCAGAUCUUAUCCUCAGCAGGGAUGAGGGCAGCUGCGUGCAAGGCUUUGUGGAAAUCUUUGACAUGUUGCUGGCGGCGACGUCCCGGUUCAGAGAGCUGAAGUUACAGAGAGAGGAGUAUGUCUGUCUCAAGGCCAUGAUCCUCCUCAACUCUAACAUGUGUCUGAAUUCAGCUGAGGCAGAUGAUGAACCUCAGAGCAGGACCAAACUGAUACAGUUGCUGGACUCUGUGACAGAUGCCCUGGUCUGGUCCAUCUCGAAGAUGGGCUUGAGCUUUCAGCAGCGCUCCACGCGCCUGGCCCACCUGCUCAUGCUGCUCUCACACAUACGUCAUCUCAGUAACAAAGGUAUGGACCACUUGCACUGCAUGAAGAUGAAGAAGGUAGUGCCUCUGUAUGACCUGCUUUUGGAGAUGCUCGAUGCACACAUAAUGCACAGCUCACGUCUGCCCCAGCCCACUGUGGCCAUCGUGCCCGAGGAGAACCCUGGUGCACCGGGACCCUACAGCUGCUCUGCUCAUCACUGGGCACAGUCGGUCAUAGAGGGGCCUGUGGAGCUCAACCAAAAUGUGCUCAAAAGUGACCUUAGCAUAAUGAAGACAGACUGAACCAAGAUGUUUUUACCCAGAGCAGCCAUGCAUCUCAAGGACAUCAGUCUGGACCUGAAGAAUCAAAGAACUGGACCAAAUCAGCUGUAUAAACCCUUAAAAUGUGUAGCUUUGUGAAAAUAAGGAUGUCACAGGUAAGCAUUCCUGGAAUUUGUAUUUAGUGGUUUUGCAAAACCCAGUGCAUUUAUUGUGUCUUUUCUGAGCUUUUUCUUUUUAUAUAGAGUGCCCUCCACUAAUAUUGGCACCCCUGGUAAAUA